AUGGAAGACGAGGAGCCGGGUACCCGGCUGGUGAAGCUGUUUCAGCCCGACAAGCGGAGGAACAACAGCAUUCACACCAACAAGUACACAUGGUACAACUUCAUCCCCAAGAAUCUCUGGGAGCAGUUCAGCCAGCUGGGGAACCUGUAUUUCUUGCUGGUGGCAGUGGGUCAGCUCUUUCCCUCCAUCAGCAACACCAAGGGCAAGCCUGCGACGCUGGUGCCUCUCAGUGGGGUGAUCCUCAUGCAGGCCGUCAAGGACUUAUUCGAGGACUGGCAGCGAGUCCAGUCUGAUCAGAAGGAAAACGCCCGGGAGGCCAUGGCGGUAGAUCUCAGUCUGCAGGAGAGUGCUGUGAACUGGGGGCGCCUGACGCCCGGCACAGUCCUGAAGAUCCGUAACCAGGAGCUUUUUCCAGCAGACUGCUUGCUGCUGGGCUCCUGCAACGAUGAUGGGCACUGCUUUGUGGAGACGGCCAACUUGGACGGGGAAACCAACCUGAAGAAGAAGGUGGCGGCCUUAAGCGCCGCAGAGUUCCAGGAGGCGGUGAGGAACUGCCGCGCCAUCGGCCCGGGGGCAGCCCCGAGCCUCUGCUGCGAGGGGCCCAGCGGUGACCUCUACUCCUUCCGAAGCUCCAUGUGCCUCCCCUGCGGCGAGGAGCGCGGCCUGGGGGUCGGCAGCCUUCUCUUGCGGGGCACAUCGCUGCAGCAGACGGAUUGGGUCUAUUGCAUGGUGGUCUACGCGGGCUUGGAGACCCGAUCCCUCAAGAACAGCCGAUCUGCGCGCUACAAGCCCAGCGCUCUGGACGGCACGCUGAACGGCGUGGUCGCCUUGAUCUUCGGCAUGCAGAUCGCCGUGUGCUUCGCCAUCUCCAUCGCCAGCGUUUUCUGGCAGGGCCUUCACGGGCACCAAGUCUGGUAUCUGGAAGGGCUCCCGAGAUACUUGAACCCCUUCCAGCAAGUGGGGAUCUGGUUCCUGAUGCUGAACAGUGUGGUGCCCAUCUCCCUGAUGAUCACAGUGACUGUGGUGAAGUUUGCCCAGGGGAAUAUGAUGGCGCAAGAUGAGGGUUGCGGCAGCAACGGGAAGAAGGCGCAGGUGCACACGAGCCAAGUCAUCGACUCCUUGGGGAAGGUCACCCACGUCUUCUCGGACAAGACCGGCACGCUAACGCAGAACUUUAUGGAGUACAAAGCUUGCUCCGUGGGAGGGACCGUCUAUGGCUUGGAAGGUUUGCGCCGGAAUGUCCUCACUGACGCUCACGUGUGCUUGGACGCAUCCACCCUUUUAGGGCAUUUGAAGUCUGGAGGGAAGCAGGCCGAGAAGCUGACAUCUUUCUUCCUCUGCCAUGCUUUGUGUCACACCGUGGAGCCGGUCAUCUCAGCAGCAGAUGUCCCUUACAAUGCUUCGUCUCCUGAUGAACUUGCGCUGGUCUGCGCUGCUCGAGCCCUCGGCCUCGAGUUUCUGGGGAUCUCCGAGAGCCAGAUGCAGCUGGCGGUGAAGAGCGAGGUCUUCAAGCUGCUUCUGGCGCCCUGGGGCUGGAAGGAUGGCAACCUCUCGGCGGAGCUUUUGGAAGUGACUCGGAAGCUUUGA